GCCGACGCGCGACGGAGUGGUCCUCGUCAAACGGAAGUGUUUCGCGUUGACUCAACCGUGGAAGCUAUGAUAGUGUGACGGUCUAACGUGCUCGUAUCGCUUUAAUUCUGUUGGAACAGGUGCUUACGAAAAACAGUCGCAUUACGGAUAUGUUCGGGAAGAGUGGCGUGACACGUGGUGUCCACAGUGUGAUCACACGAGGAACCACGAUGGCGGAGGUGGCGACAAAGAAGUCGAUCAAUGUAGUAAGUAGCAAGAAGAACGAGGUGUGCGGUGUUCAAUCUAACAACGGUUUGAUUGAUUUGGAUGAUCUAACCACGAGUAACACUCAACUAAUUUCAUUGUGCGACGAUGACGAUCUCGUACUCACAAACAAUACACGUAAUGAGCUUGAGAACGACGACAAGAGCCUGCAGGAGCUGAUAGAGAGUGAACUGGCCCUGAGGAUCUGUUCGAGUAAGGACGACGAUGAUGCCGUCGUCGAAGAAACCGAAAAUGUCAUCACUCAACCGGAGACAAUCAAGAAAAUCGUCCUGGACUGUCGGCAGGAUCCCGUUGAUGUUAAUGCGGAAUUCAUAGCUGCCGAGAGCGGGCACUAUUCUUUAGUCGAGGAACCGUAUGGUCGUCGGAAUGGUCACGUGUCCCCACAUGUCAACAUUGAAGUUGUAAAACCAGAACCGGUACGUUUCCAUAACGAAGAAGAGGAUCAGGCGUUUGUCAAGCAGCCGGAAGCUGGUGUUGCGCCGAUAAUUAUUCAGAAAACGAACGAAGGUGAUCAAGAGUCGAACCGCGACGAAACUGUCGAUGUCAGCAACAACAGUGAGGAGUGUCAGGCGAUUGUCAAGGAAGUUGUUCCUCCCAUAGAUGAUACAGACUCCGUCAAUGUCACAAAUGAUUUCGUAGAUGAAUCGAACUCCCAGUCUUUCCCGAUUUCUGCGAGUUGUCCCGUCGACAAAUACCAACGGGAGGAAGAAUUGGUGCCGAAGACACUCGAUGACGUAGAUCUCCUACGUACCGAUGUCGAACAGGAAAGAAAGAACGCAGAUAUAGAUAUUCUGGACACAUGGACUGACAAGACGCAAUUCCUAUAUGGCCUGCAGGCCGGUCGGUUUUCUAACUGCGAAGAGGAGCUCUGUCCACAGGAUCAAAACCUUGAAGAAGUGAAAUUCCCUUGGACGAGUAAAGAGUCUUCCACGAAUGAACAUAUCGAUACGCUUAAUGAUUCCUAUGCAAACAAUUCUGUGGAGGAGAAAGAGAAGAUUCCCACAUCGCCGAUCCGUCGGGAUAAAUCGUCACUCUCCGAAACGAUCGAAGAGGUCGAUUUGAAACUGGAGGAUUCUCGUUUCUCCGACGACGUCUGCCAAUCCGAGAUGUCCGCGGAGAUGGCCAGCACGCAGGAGUUCCUCGACAUAGAACGCCGUGUGCUGAACGAAGAGAUCGAUCAGGAACCACCGCAGAUUGUGAUAUCGUCAGAGAUUGCCGAAUUUCAGGUUACGUCGGGAUCGAUUCUGGAAAACGAAUCGCCAGAGUGUCUCGUCGCGGAAGAUGCGCAAAAUCUGAUAGACGAAUCCUCGAGCGAGUUCUCGGCGUCAGACUCGACUUUCAUCGAAAAAACCGAGAUUGUAGUGUCUGACACGAGCGUGACUAUCUUUUCGGAGACGAGGCAACUCGUCGCCGAGCAGAUCGGGAAUCUCGACUCGUGGACCACAGUCGAGGAGGCCACAAAAUUGGCAGACGCCGAAGAACGACAGAAGGAUGCGUCAGCCGCGGCGGAACGUGACGCGGUUAACGACGCGACGAGGGACGAUAAUGAAGGGAAGCAAGACGAUUACCCUGCACCCUCGUCUCCCCGUGCGCCCCUGGCCACACCGGACGAGACGGAGACGAGCGAUGUUUCUAACGCCUGUGACAGCGAAAGCCGCGAGGAAACGGUGACCACGAGUUCCACUGUGGUGACCUCCUCGAAAGGUGGGACCAAAACGAAGAAGAAGAAGAUCGAGGGCGUUGCUGGUAACGAUGCCACCUCGCCGAACCUUACGCCGCGCACAAAGAAAACCAAGAAGAGCAAGAAGAGCGAUCUCGAGAAGGAGAACAUCUCCGUGAACUGUAGCUUACAAGACGCAAGCAUGCAUACGGGCACUCAGCGAUCGCAUUCGGAGAUGAUCGAUUUUUCCGCCAAGGACGAUUUAUCGAACGUCAAUGUUAAGUCACUGACACAGAACUAUGUCUCGGAGACGAGUCGUAGUGAUCAGGAGAAGUUGUGCAGGGAGCGGAUAGCGACUGGCGUGUCCAUCAAACAAUUAUGUCGCAGCUUUGGCGACAUCUCGAACAUGAGUGACGGCGAUCAGGCAACAUUUGGGAAAGCGAGCCAUGCGAUGGAAAUCGAAGAGAAGGCGAGGUCUAUGGGUGAUCUGAGAGUAUGCGAGCAGGGUUACUCGCGGUUUACCAGAGACGCACCCGUCUUCGCCAGGGUGUCGGUCAAGGCCCUCAGGGCUUCCUAUUGUAGUUUGGCAAGUUUAACGAACGAGGGUAAGGACAAGGAUCGAGCAUGCGAGAGGCCGAAGCUCGAGAAAUCGAGCUUUAAUAAAUUCGACGCUCUUAGCAAGAAAGUUCUUCAUGUGCGUUCGGUUGAUGCGGGGAAAGUCCAACAGCAGCUGAAUGCAGUGGGUCAGAAUGCCGAUGCGAAUACGAACUGUCGCAGCUGCGGCAAGGUCGUGUUCCAAAUGGAGCAGACAAAGGCCGAGGGUCUGGUCUGGCACAAGAAUUGCUUCCGGUGCGUGCAGUGCAGUAAGCAGCUCAAUGUGGACAAUUAUGAGAGCCACGAGAGUAAGCUCUACUGUAAGCCACACUUCAAGGAACUCUUCCAACCGAAACCAGUCGAGGAGUCCGACCAACCUGUGCGACCUCGAAAGCCGGAGCUGAUCAUACGAGAGAACGAGCCGAAAGAAUUGCCGCCCGAUGUGGUCAGAGCUUCCGACAAACCCGAUCUGGGACUCGAGGAACUUUCAAGCUUAAACGUCAAGUCGCGCUUCCAGGUCUUCGAGAAAGCUAGUACGGAGAACACCAAUGAGAUCGAACGAUCACCAUCACAAAUCGCCGUCAAGAGAUCACCCAGCAUCCUUAGUAAACUGGCCAAAUUUCAAGCGAAAGGCAUGGACAUUGGCGUGGCGGACGAAUCUCUCAAUGGCAUACCUUAUGAAGAGUCCAGCGAAAGUGAGGAUGAAGUGGAGGCAGAAGAAACCGAAGAAGUGGACACCGAAAUCGUAAAAUCAAAACGCACUACACGCGAACGACCGAUCAGCUUUUCGAAGAUGGACGAUAUCAAGAAUCGUUGGGAGAGCACCAGCCAGCAGGGAAGACGCGAGGUUCAGCGCGAGGCUAGGAAGGAAGAAAUCGCAGGAAUCCGUUCGCGAUUGUUCUUGGGUAAACAGGGUAAGAUGAAGGAAAUGUAUCAACAGGCGGUAGCUGGAAGCGACCGUGUUACGAAGAUAAACGCAGCAGAGGAGAUUCAGCACUCGACUACCCACGCUCGCUCCCUCAAAGAGAGAUUUGAACGGGGCGAGCCAAUCGCGGCGUCAGACGACGAAACUGAUAGUAAACCGAAACCGGAGAAAGCCGACGAGGAGGUGAUCGCAGCAGGCAUCAGCAGGAAGUCCCGGUCACUCUUUUUGGAACUAGACGCGACUGCAGCAAAAACAGGACGUCCAGUGACGCCAGUUCAUCCAAAAACGCCAACCGAAACCUCACGACGUGCACGAGACGCGUUCAUGGGUCGUCAAGUCUCAGACGAUGUGGUGCGCAGCUCAGAUGCGACCGAGGAGAUCCAAGUAGAAACGUCGGAAAUUUCGAACAAGUUCAAAUUCUUCGAGUCCUAUAAGGAACCGCAGAAACAGCGAAAGCAAUUUCGCAUUACGCCGCCUCGUGACGGUCAAGUCAAGAUGGAUUCACCGGAUCGCGAGAUUUACCGCGAUCCAGAUGUAGUCAGAGCUGACGACAGGGUGGACGAGGUGGUGCGCACAGACACAGCGAGGAAGAUGCUGUCCAUCUUUCGGCAGAUGGAAGAGAACGCGUGCAAGGAAGAAUUGCCGGAGGGCCCGAAGCCCUUGAAACGUUUCACACCGCCCCCUGAGGAUAAAUUCGCCAAAGCAACGGCCUCGGACUCGGAGGAAGGCGAAGAUGAAGAGGGCGAGGAAACCGACGGUGAUGAAAGCGCCGAGGAGAGAGAUCCCAACUACGUCCGUGCUUCUGAUAAGGUAGAGGACGAAUUCUUAAAACAAGCGCAGAAUGCGGCGCGCGCCAAGACUCUACGUGCUAAGUUCGAGCACUGGGAGGAGACCGACGGCAAGGUCAGCAAUCACCAUGUCGCCGAAAUGGAGAUGGCCCAGGGUACGGGCGAUCAGUCUAGCAUAGAAUCGGCGAGCAGUCUUAGAGCUCGUUUCGAGUCUCUCGGCUCGCAGGCUAACGAAUCCCCGCGCACACCGAAGGUCAAAGUCAAUCGAUUUGUGUAAAGGAAAGAGAAAGAAAGGGAGAGACGAAGAAAAUACACACCUGGAGAUUAAUUCGAUUACGAGAAGAAUGAGAGAAGAAAGAGAAGAAGGUCGAUGGAAGAGAAAGAGCGUCGUUGGAACCGCGAUGGAAAGGCAAUUUUUUUAAAUUUCGUGCAUUAAGUAAAAAAUAAACGGCAAUAAAAUGUUCAAUUAUUGUCGAUUAUUGUAACGACUUUGCGUUUUCUUAGGGAUGAUUUUAACACACUCGAGUUAUGUUCGUAUAGUACAUCUUAGCCUGUAGACUGUAUCAUAUGUUAUGUGUUAAUACGUUAUUGCACUACGAGAAUUUGCGCGAUUAUUAGAUUCGUUGAGCGUUUCGUCCAAUUGCCAAUUAGAAUGGAAGAUAUAUGCUAUCGCAAAAUCAAUUCCAAACAGAUGGCAAUAAACCGUUCGAAGCAUAAUAUGCCAAGUCACGCAGAAGAAAAAGCAUGCAGGAAUUUAAUACAUAUUGAUUCGCAGAUUACAGCGUUAUGAAAAGAUUUAAAUUUAUUAAUCAUUAUUUUUUUAUAAACAUUUUUAUUAAGUGAUAAAUUGAAUUGGACAGCUGUGAAAUUUUUCAUUGCGUGUGCAAUAGAAAUCUUGCUUUAUCAGUAAUCCGUGGAAAUAUUUGUUACACAGAAACGCUCAACUUAUCCUAAUACAUAUUACAUAAAGAGAGAACUUUAUUGUCUACUAAUUUACUUUACACAAUAAAAGACGAAUAUCUAUCUUUUGUGUCAUAUGUAUGUUGGCAUUAUCGUUGUCAGGAAGUCUUUGAAAAAAAAAAAAUUCUUUCUACCCACAUACGUGCGAUAUAUUGCUGUAAAACUUAAGAUGGAUUCGCUUUUAAGCAGUGAAAUUCGUAACGAUGUGUAUUCAAUUUUUCCUUACUUUGUUAAUUCCACAAUAUGUCGUCAUUUGUUAAUUAAUUGAAAAUUCGUAUGUAAACUAUUAUAAUACUGCAAUGUGCCAAAUUUUAUUAAACUUUUAAGCAAUUUUUUUCAAACUAUAAUUUUAAUUUGAACGGAAUCUUUACAACUGAUGACUGAUUCAUCGUAUAAUGUGCCUUUUUGAUUUUUUUAUAUAAAUGAUUUACUUUUUAAAAUAAUACUUAAAUAAUAAUGAAAUUAUUGAGAUUUAUCUAAUAUAAAAUAUUAGACUAUGUAUGAAAUAUACCGAGCAAACGUAGAAAAUGAAACUAUCAUAAUAUGAACAUCGACAAGCAUUAUUUUGGCUCGUUGAUAUUCACAUAUAACAAAACGGAUUCAAAGUUUUCUUUUCAUCGUUACGAUCUUCCUCUGCCACUUUAGAUUUCUAAUUUUCAUAAGUGCCAAGUUUUACGUUGAAUGAAGAGAGUAGAGAGAGAGAGAGAGAGAGAGAGAGAGAGAGAGAGAGAGAGUAAGAGUGCGAAAGA